AUGGGACCUGUGCGCAGGAGUAAGAAGGCUCCACCAGAUGGCUGGGAAAUGAUUGAACCAACAAUAGACGAACUUAAUCGGAAAAUGCGGGAGGCCGAAACUGACCCCCAUGAAGGCAAGCGGAAAGUUGAAGCAGAGUGGCCAAUAUUUCGUAUCCAUCACAAACGGUCGAGGUAUAUUUAUGACCUAUACUUUAAGCGAAAAGUUAUAUCGAAGGAACUGUAUAAUUAUUGCAUUAAAGAGAAAAUCGCGGAUGCUAACUUGAUAGCAAAGUGGAAGAAACAAGGAUAUGAGAAUUUGUGUUGCCUGCGAUGUAUUCAACCCCGAGACACCAAUUUUGGCACCAAUUGUGUUUGUCGUGUUCCCAAAUCAAAGCUGGAGGAGGGAAAAGUCGUUGAAUGUCAGAAUUAUGAGUUGAGGUACUAUGAAGUAUUCAUUCAGAUUAACCGGCACCCGUUAGUCCCAGAUAUUCAGAAGCUCCGUCGAUUUGAUCCUGUACAUGAAGAGCGGUAG